GUGGGCUACUGCUUUUCGAUUGUUGUUUUUGGUAAAGAAUGGCGUUGGUCGGAAGCAGGUCGGGCGGGGAGAGGUCUCUGGCCCGUUGACUGAGGUUCUGUUCUUUGAAAGUAAGAAGAUGGCAGGUAAAAAACUGAGAAGAGCAGGGUUACCACAAGACCUUUGUGAGCGGCUGAGUCGGCAUCAGAUCACCACCUGUCAGGACUUUUUGUGUCUUUCUCUCCUGGAACUAAUGAAAGUGACUGGGCAGAGCUACCAGACUGUGCAGAAGCUUCUUCACACUGUCAGUCAGUCCUGUGCCCCCAGAAUGCAAACUGUUUAUGAAAUGAAAAUGAAAAGAGCCAUUGAUCCAACAUCAGCGUUCUUGCCCACAACACUAGAAGAUCUGGAUAAAAUCUUGCACGGUGGAAUUGCCUGUGGAUCUCUUACAGAGGUAACUGGCCCAUCAGGUUGUGGGAAAACUCAGUUUUGUAUUAUGCUGAGCUUGCUGACCACAUUGCCCUCCAGCAUGGGGGGACUGGAUGGCGCUGUUAUAUACAUUGACACAGAAUCUGCAUUCAGUGCUGAAAGGCUUAUUGAGAUGGCACAGCACCGUUUCCCUCAUUAUUUUGCCACAAAAGAAAAACUUAUUUCAAUGCCCAGCUGCAUUCAUGUUUAUCGGGAGCUCACCUGCGACAGUGUACUUAAAAGGAUCGAAUCUUUGGAAGAAGAAAUUAUUUCUAAGAAUGUCAAAUUAGUAGUCAUAGAUUCUGUUGCUUCAGUAGUCAGAAAAGAGUUUGAUACAAAACUUCAAGGCAAUUUGCUGGAAAGAAGCAACUUGCUGGCUAGAGAAGCAUCAAUAUUGAAGUACUUGGCUGAAGAAUUUUCAAUACCAGUUAUCUUGACGAAUCAGGUUACCACGUGGCUGAGCGAUGGCCUUGCUGUUCAGGCAGACCCGCUGUCUCCAGCUGAUGACUUUUCCCUGUCUGAAGGAUGUUCCAGAAAUGGAGCUGGGGAGUCUAGCUACGUGACUGCAGCACUGGGGAAUACAUGGAGUCACAGUGUGAAUACGAGACUCAUCCUGCAGUAUCUGGAUUCACAGACUAGACAGCUUCUGAUAGCCAAGUCCCCGGUUGCUCCAUUCACAUCUUUCCAAUACACGAUAGAAAAUUCUGGUUUGGUUCUCCAAGAUCAAAAGGACCAGUCAUAUUUUGGGGGAGGAACCAGUCCUGCGCUACAAGCAAUAAAAGUGAGGACAGACUCCUUUAACAAUGAACUUGAAAUGGCUUUAUCUAGUUUCACCGGUGAGACUCUCUAUCCACAGCAGCAGUUACAACAUGCAGUAAUAUAAGCAACUGGAAAGAGAUUGCUGCAGCCCAGAGAACAAAGGAAGAGCCGUGUGACUGGACAGAUACUGCAUUUUCAAGGUCUGCAGCAAUUUCUGUAGGUGUUGCUGCUUUCACCUCUGAUUAUGAUAGCUUUGAGUGCAACUACU